GUAAAACAGCAAUAACUCCGAUUUCACGUAUUCACAGUCCCAGUCGUCUCCAAUCUUAUCGCCUUCAUCAUCAUCGAUGGCGACGAUCAGUUUUUCAUCUCCGGCGGCGGCGAGCCCCCGGUCUUCUAUUUCCUCUCCAUCCGUCUGCUUUUCACACAAUGCCUCUACUCUCUCCUUCCACUCUCUCCCGAAAUCUUCUCCCAUCUUCACUUCGGUAACCCUCCGACCGAUAAACAGAACAAAACCCCGGCUUCUGAACGUCUCCGUCUUCGUUGCAAACAAGCUCUCAGAGACGGAUUCGGUUUCUGUUCCAUCGGAGCAAGGCGCAAUUGAUGCCGUUUUCCCGAAAGCUUCCGGUGUCUACGCUGUCUACGACAGUAAUGGCGAUCUGCAAUUUAUUGGCAUAUCCCGAAACUUGGCCGCCAGUGUACUCUCCCACAAGAUAUCUCUUCCCGAUCUCUGUUCUUCUGUCAAGUUUGAUGUUGUGGAUGACCCCGACAAAACAGCUUUGACUCAAUCUUGGAGGUCGUGGAUCGAAGAACAUAUAGCAGUUACUGGGAAGGUACCGCCAGGCAAUGAUUCUGGAAACACAACAUGGAUUCAUCAGCAACCCAAGAAGAAGAAGACUGAUCUGAGGUUAACGCCAGGGCGCCGCGUCCAACUGACCGUGCCACUUGAAGAUCUCAUCGACCGGCUUGUGAAGGAGAACAAGGUUGUGGCUUUCAUUAAAGGAUCGAGAAACGCCCCUUUAUGUGGUUUUUCACAAAGAGUUGUCGCAAUUCUCGAGAGUCAAGGUGUGGAUUACGAGAGCAUUGACGUUCUUGAUGAAGAACAUAACAACGGGUUAAGAGAGACGCUGAAGAGAUACAGUAACUGGCCCACAUUCCCUCAGGUUUUUGUGAACGGGGAAUUGGUUGGUGGGUGUGAUAUUUUGAUGUCCAUGUAUGAGAAGGGUGAGAUUGCCAGCUUACUCAAAAGUUAAACAUGACCAUCUAAGUUGGCUGAAAUCUGUUGUACGAUUAAUCAAUAUGUCAAUUGAAGUUUCUUUUACAAUCUGUUUCUUGUUCUUUCUAAUGCAAGCAGACAAUUUGGUGUGUCUGUACAAUAAUCAUUACUCCGUAUAAUUUAAAUUAUUAUUUGGUGGAUAAAGUAUUAUGUAAGGCUAAUGAUGAUGUGGGAUAUUAUCAAAUUUUAAUAAUUACUCUGUAGCAUU